AUGAUUGAAUUACGACCGCCCAUGGUGAUGCCUCGUGGCAAUGUUGGAACAUCGACACAGUAUUUUAUGGAACAGAUCCGUCUAUGUCGAUUACCACCUUCACUUAUUUCUAAAUUGGGUCUUAAAACUACACGUCGAAAUAGGAAAUAUGGGUCGGUGGCCUUUCAUUACACCCAAGAGGGUAACGUCGAAAAUGCUCUUUCUACUGAUCCAACUGAUAAAAUCCUCGAAAUCAAUUUUGGACCAGAUAAUGACGACGGUCCCGAUGACGAUGAUGAUCAGUGCGAGGAAUGGGAAAGGCAUGAAUCCCUCCAUGACGAUGUCACAGAACAAGAAAGGAUUAAGCCCCGGAAGUAUGAAGAAGAGAUGGAAAUCAUAUGGGAGAAAGGAGGUCCUGGACUUGUGUGGUACACUGACAAAAACUAUUGGGAUGAAAGGGAGAAAGGUACUGACUGCGACUGGGCUUGGGCUGACGACUGGGAUGUUGACUAUUCCGUCUACUAUGAAGGAAAGUCGGCUGGAACAAUGGAUGCAAGGGAUGCUAUUGAGAUACGAGAAGAUGAAUUAUUACAAUGCAUCUUUCGAUCUCCUCUCCUACCCGUAUCUAGUGUUUUAGUUCGGGCAAACUGGAAGAAUCUGUAUUCACUAGGAAGGAAAAGAACCAAUCUUCAAGGAGGCGCAUCGGAAGUAAACUACUCGGAAGGUAGACGUUUACUUGAUUUAAACGUACGUAACUUGAGAAUGGGUUGGAAACCGGGCUCAGGAUUGGGGCGUCUACACCAAGGUCGUGUGGAUCCAGUUGCGAUUCAGUUGGAAGAAGACGGUCAAACGGGUGUUGAAAGGAUAGGAUUUGGCUAUCGUGGAGAGAAGAUGCAGCGUACAGGGUUUAGGAAAAUACCAAGGAUUCAUGCUAUUGCAUCUAGGUUUGACGCGGCCACGGACAAGAUAGAAACGUCUUACAAGAGAGUUGGAAAUGAACCCUUUGGAGACAUACUUUUUCGAAGGUCAGAAUUAACCAAAAUGAAAUAUAGACCGGACUCCACGUCUUCAAAUAAGAAAUAG